GCGGCUCAGCAGGUUUAUGUCACAAGCCGAUACAGGAAGUCCCCCGGCAACUACUAGCCAGCUAAACCACAGCCAUGAUGGAACAGCUUAUGGGGUAGAAAGUGUCGUCGUGCCGUAAAGAAGUGAUUUCAUGUUGUCUGGAUAGGUAAAAACGAGUGGUAACAAGAUGGAAGGAACUGUCGCAGUCGUAUUUUUGUCGCUCCUUUGUUUAGCGUCGGAGAUAAAUGGCCAGGAAGCGAUCUCGCAUAUUUCAAAUGGAGAUACUGAGAGGGAGUUCUGCAUUGUUCACAAUCACUCUUGGACCCCACUGGCACAGUCACUGAAUUCUGCAAUGGAGUACCAGUUGGUGAAUAUGACUUCCUCUCUGCUGUGUGACAGCUCAGGGAUCAAUGCAUCUUCAGUAAUGGGCAAGGCUCUGGUGGUGAUGAGGGGCAACUGUGAUUUCAGCCAGAAGGCCCUUAUCGCUCAGGGACUUGGAGCGAUGGCUUUGCUCAUUGCCAGCAAUAAAACGCUGACAAUCCCAUCAGCCAACGAGUCGGAGUACGCGAAGGUCAAUAUUUCUCUCGCUCUCAUGAGGUACAGGGAUUUCCUGGAAGCUUGGCAGGUCUUCGGGAAUGAGAUGCAGGUGAAGCUGUAUGCUCCACCUUCCACAAAGAUCGAUCCAAGCAUUGCAGUCAUCCUGCUGAUUUCCAUUGGCACAGUUGUUUUGGGCGGCUACUGGAGCGGGGCGUGUGAGAGGGAACGGUUGAAUAGCGGUGCGUCUGGAGGAGGAGGAGGAGGAGGAGGAGGAGGAGGAGGAGAAAGCAAAGCAGACAGUGGAGAGCUUUCACUGUACUCUCCUCUCAAAGUGGUUAUCUUUGUUGCCUUGAUGUGCGGGAUGCUCGUCCUCAUGUACUUCUUCUACAAAGUUCUCGUUUACGUCAUUAUUGUUAUCUUCUGCCUGGCAUCUGCCUCUGCGCUCUAUAGCUGUUUUGAUGCAGUGAUGGACAAAAUCGGUUGCGGCACUUUAAGGUUCUCUGUCCGGAAUUGGAACUUUUCAGUGAGGUCUCUCUUGUUGGCUGCUGUGUGCAUUAGCAUUUCUGUGGUCUGGGGAGUGUACAGAAAUGAAGACAGAUGGAUCUGGAUUCUGCAGGACCUCCUUGGCAUUGCUUUCUGCCUCAACUUCAUGAAGACAAUUUCACUGUCCAAUUUCAAGAUCUGUGUGAUUCUUCUGAGCCUCCUGCUUGUAUAUGAUGUCUUCUUUGUUUUCAUCACUCCUUUCUUCACUAAGAAUGGAGUAAGCAUCAUGGUGCAGGUUGCCCUGGGCCCAGAUGCAUCUGGAGAGAAGACACAAGGUGUGGAGAUCCCCGCUGAACCCCAGCCUCCCUCUGAGAAACUUCCUGUGGUGAUGCGUGUCCCGCGUCUCUUAGCUUGGGCUCAGAACCUGUGUAUGAUGCAGUUCUCCAUCCUGGGCUAUGGCGACAUCAUUGUCCCAGGUCUUUUGGUUGCCUACUGCAGCAGGUUUGAUGUUUGGAUCAAGAGCAAGAGGAAAGUCUACUUCGUCAGUUGCUGCAUAGCCUAUUUCCUGGGAAUGAUACUGACAUUCAUCGUGAUGUUGCUGUCAGGAAUGGGACAGCCUGCUCUGCUCUACUUAGUGCCCUUCACUGUGAUAACUUCUGCUGUGGUAGCAGGCUGCAGGGGUGAGAUGAAGCACUUCUGGGCUGGAACCACAUACCAGGUCUUGGACUCAUCCAGGGAACCUUUGCUGCCAGAGAAAAGAACUGACCGAUCCGUAGACGGCGAAAGAUGCUGACUUACAGUGUUGAAUAUGGACUCUCUUCUUUGUCUUUUUUAAAAUCUCAAUUUAAUUUUACAUUUGCAAAGCAAGGGAACACAUGUUAUUGAUCAAAUGAUCCUUCAAGCAGUACAUUUUGAUUGAUGUGAAAGGUAAAUGAAUGCUGUGUAGAUGCAACUGAGAUAUUAAAGUGAUUAAAAACACAUGCUUAGCGCCUGAAAGUUCUGUCAGGUUCACUUUGAGAAAAACAUAAUGACAACAUUGCCUUGGUGAUGAUUGAGAAUAAGAACGCACUUUAUAAUAUUCAGCUUGGCAGUUGUUACAUCAUUGGGAAUGGGUUUUGGCUUUAAAUUACUUGUAGCUAUUUUGAUAACUAGGGUUUGUGUGUAACCUGUUUGUAAGAUGUGAUUUCUUUCGUUGCCUUAUAUUAAAUAAAAAAACAAAUUGUAUUUCA